AUAAAAUGUUCUGCCUCUUCAAGAAUUAGGGUUUCUGCCUCUUCAAAAACCCUAAUUUCCGUAAAGAUAAUUUUUUUGUCGACAAACAAAUAAAGCAAUCUAAACCCAUCUCCAUAACAACUUGCCCUCUCAUUUUCCAGGAAACAAUCAGAAAAAAAAAAAAAAAAUGGUUUCCAGCAAGAAAACAAAGAAGACUCAUGAGAGCAUCAACAACAGGCUGGCUCUUGUUAUGAAGAGUGGGAAGUACACGCUUGGCUACAAAACGGUUCUUAGAUCUCUUAGAAGCUCAAAAGGGAAAUUGAUUAUUUUGUCUAAUAAUUGCCCUCCUCUGAGAAAAUCUGAGAUUGAGUACUAUGCCAUGCUUGCGAAAGUUGGUGUCCACCAUUACAAUGGAAACAAUGUCGACUUGGGAACAGCUUGUGGCAAGUACUUCCGAGUGUCUUGCUUGAGCAUUGUCGAUCCAGGUGAUUCUGAUAUCAUCAAGACUCUACCGGGUGAUCACUGAGCAGAUUUCUCUUCAGUGCAUAUGGCAUUUGAUACCGAACGCCGUUUAUUUCCUCUUUUUCACUUCAGUGCAUAUGGCGUUUUAUAGCGGGAUGACGUUUGUUUCCUAUAUUUCGAUUAUAUUUUUCCCUUUUGAAUGUCGUAUAGGCAUUUUGGAUGUUCAUGCUGAAUGUUAUCUGCUUAUAUAAUCUAAAAUUUUGUUUAGCAAAUCUGCUUCUGAAGCUCAGGUUUUGUUAUGCUAAACAAAAAUUAUAGGCAACACAUAUUUCAUUGUCAUUACAGUAAUACUCCUAUGGCUUAAGGGCGAUUUGGCAUUGAUAUCAGUAACUAACGAUGUUACUCUUUUUAACGUUAAUCUCGGAUAUGAGAUUUGGCGGUGGCAGUGUUAGUUUUA